AUGAAGCAAGUUGGGUUCAUUGGCUACUCUCCCAAUCCUAGAACAAAGCUCCGGAAUCAGGUGCCCUAUCAACUGGAAAACGAUUUUGAUACCUUUAACCAAGUUCCUGAAUCGCCAAUAGGACGCGAGGAAGAGCCUCACCUCUACAUGGUGCCCAAAAAGUACCGGAAGGUAACCAUAAAAUAUUCCAAACUUGGACUAGAAGACUUUGAUUUUAAACACUACAAUAAAACCUUGUUUGCUGGCCUUGAGCCUCAUAUUCCCAACGCCUACUGCAACUGCAUGAUUCAGGUGAUGUAUUUGAUGGAGCCAGUUCGAUGCCUUGUACAGAACCAUCUAUGUCAAAAGGAGUUUUGCCUAAGCUGUGAAUUGGGAUUCUUGUUCCACAUGCUGGAUUUGUCACGUGGUGAUCCUUGCCAAGCCAGUAACUUCUUGAGAGCUUUCCGAACCAUUCCUGAAGCAGCAGCACUGGGACUUAUUUUGGCCGAUUCAGAUGAGGCAACUGGAAAGGUCAAUCUUGGCCGUCUGAUUCAAAGCUGGUGCCGCUUCCUUCUGACUCAACUUCACCAAGAGACACAAGAGCUAGAAGGCCCACAGGCUUAUCGUGGUAUUGGAAGUGCCAGCAUGUUUGCAUCCACAGGGGGCUCUGUGAUUGGACAGCUGUUUGGAUGUGAAGUGGAGAACUGUAGCAUGUGCAGAUGCGGCAAGGAAACCGUGCGCCUUUCCACAACCCUACUCUUUACCUUGUCAUACCCUGAAGUCAACAGUAAUCGUAAAGAUCCACCAGACUACGAGUUUGUAGAGAUCCUUAGGAGAAGUAUCUGUCUGGAGCAGAAUACUCAAGCAUGGUGUGAAAAUUGUGAGAAGUACCAGCCUACAGUACAAACCCGCAAUAUUCGUUGUCUUCCUGAUGUGCUUGUUAUCAACUGUGAAGUUAACAGCACAAAGGAGGCAGAAUUCUGGAAGACUCAGGCAGAGUAUGCUUUCAAAAAGUCGCUGAGGAAAAUAGAGCCAUCUUUUUCAAUUCCAAAUGAAAGCCCAGGAGAAUGGAAUGCAUUCAAUAUUCCUGAGACUGCCCCUCCUCCACCACUGUUGCCUUCAGUGGAGGAACUUCGCAACGUAUGGGUGCCGUACUCUCUGAAGAUGAAGUUGUCCAAAAACAAAGAACUUGAGGUUCUAAAUUGUGAAGAUAAUGAGGAGCCAAAUCAGCCAGAGGAUGACAAAGAUGAAGCCACAAACAUAUAUGACCUUAUGGCAACUGUUGUCCACAUCUUAGAUCCUCGUACUGGUGGCAGCUUGGUAGCCCAUAUUAAAGUAGGAGAGACUUAUCACCAAAGAAAAGAAGGCGUGACACAUCAGCAGUGGUAUUUGUUAAAUGAUUUCCUUAUUGAACCUGUUGAUAAGUGCGAGGCUGUCCAGUUUGAUAUGAAUUGGAAAGUUCCUGCCAUUUUAUUUUAUACCAAGAGGAACCUAAAUUCCAAAUACCACCUGACAAUUAAGAACCCAAUCGAAGCCAGUGUGUUGUUGGCAGAAGCUUCUCUUGCCCGGAAACAACGAAAGUGCCAUGCCACGUUCAUUCCAUUGCUGCUGAAUGAGAUGCCACAGGCAGGAGAGCUAGUUGGGCUGGAUGCAGAGUUUGUUACACUCAAUCAGGAAGAAGCUGAGCUUCGAAGUGAUGGGACAAAGUCUACUAUAAAACCAAGUCAGAUGUCAGUGGCUCGAAUUACAUGUGUAAGGGGACAAGGGCCUAAUGAGGGUAUUCCUUUCAUAGAUGACUACAUCUCCACCCAGGAACAGGUGGUCGAUUACCUGACGCAAUACUCUGGAAUUAAACCUGGUGACUUGGAUGCCAAGAUCUCAUCCAAACAUUUAACAACACUUAAAUCCACAUAUCUUAAAUUAAGGUUCCUCAUCGAUGUAGGAGUCAAGUUUGUGGGUCAUGGUCUUCAGAAAGAUUUUCGAGUGAUAAAUCUGAUGGUGCCAAAAGAUCAGGUGAUUGAUACCGUAUAUUUGUUUCACAUACCACGCAAAAGAAUGAUCUCUCUUCGAUACUUGGCAUGGUAUUUCCUUGACCUCAAGAUCCAAGGAGAGACACAUGAUAGUAUUGAGGACGCACGAACCGCUCUACAGCUUUAUCGCAAAUACUUGGAGCUAAGUCGAAAUGGAACAGAGCCAGAUAAUUUUCGGAAAGUCCUAAAGACUCUUUAUGAAAAGGGUCGGAAGAUGGACUGGAAGGUUCCGGAACCAGAGAGCCAAAACAGCCCAAAAAAUGCGCCAGUGUAUUCUGCUAUGGUGGGACUUUAA